UCCUUUUUGCCCAAGCCGUAUUCAGGGGCAACAUCCUGCUAGGCCAAGGGGCGCGGCAGGAAAGCGUUCGUCGGAAACCCUCGUUCUGCUCGGUGACAUUGAAACGCUCGUCAAUAGCGGCGAGGGCCUUGGCAUGGUUCUGCUCUCUACACGCGGACCUCUUUUGCCUGAAUCAACGGAGUCUCUCCCGUGGUCCAGGACCAGUCGGUCUUCAUUCCUAUUACGCUACAACGCUGGUUUGCACAACCUCACCAGCGGUUGCAGCCAUAGAAACCGCCACUUCGAGGUUCUCCUGGAUCCGAAAGUGGUGGAGACGGUAAUCUCGGACAACUCCCGCAUGGGUCUGAUGCUCAGAAUGAAGAUCAAGGGCAGGCAGAUGGAGCGCGCCGCUACACCGUACGACAGCGGGUCAUCCUUGGCCGGCUCGGGCUAUCUCGGUGAAAGUGGGGCGAUUCUGAAUAAAGGAGCAAUGGGAGCAACGAUGCGCUACCGCGGCGCACCACAGGACAACGGAUCCGGAGGCGGGCGCUGGGGAAACAAAGGAAACGGACCUGACCCACACGCCCCACACCAGGGCCGGGCCCCGGCGCCGGCGCGGCCCCGACCUGGGUAGAGGUGCUAGCGCAGAAAAAAGGCCGCGGAAACGCAGCGACACCGAAAGGGAGCACGGGGGUUUUAAUCCAGCUAGCGCACGGGUGAUUGGAGGGGUCGGUAGGGUCGAUUUGGAGCAAUCAGAACACGAAUUCCAUGAAGUGUGUCGAGUAUGACCCAAGUUUUUCAUGAACAUAAUAUAACUACCUAACUAGCUAGGUACCUAGCUAUUAGGAGGAUAAAUAUCCUCAGGUAUAUACCGAGACAGACAG